UACGGGGAGAGCGGAUAUAGUGAAUGCGGGGUACGGGGAGAGCGGAUAUAGUGAACGCGGGGUCCGGGGAGACUAGAUAUAGUGAACGCGGGGUCCGGGGAGACUAGAUAUAGUGAACGCAGGGUCCGGGGAGACUAGAUAUAGUGAAUGCAGGGUUCGGGGAGACUGGAUAUAGUGAAUGCGGGGUAUGGGGAGAGCGGAUAUAGUGAAUGCGGGGUCCGGGGAGAGCGGAUAUAUCCGAGGAGAGCGGAUAUAGUGAAUGUAGAGUCCGAGGAGAGCGGAUAUAGA